CUAGCCAUCUCUCUCAUCCCUCCCCCUCCCUCCCUCUCGCUCCCUGGCUUUCUCGCCAAGGCCCGUGCUCUGAUUCUGAUUCUUCUGGCCGCGGCGCGCGGUGUUGCAGAUUCGACAACCGAUAUGGAAUAGCAGCUUCGCCGCAAAGGGAAUACAAAGGAAGGAAAACAUACACACACACACACACAUUUCCACAUAACACACACGUCGUUCUCGUACGGACACGGACGCAUCGACAAUCGAGGAAGGAAGCUAGCUCGCCUCGCGCUGCAGCGAAGGAUGAGCUGGUGAGCCGUCCGCCACACUCGCGAGCCUUUAUUCUAAAGCAGAAUAACGGACACUCGCGAGCCUUUAUUCUAAGCAGACAGGGCCGUAGCGGACACCCGCGCGAGGCUUUAUUCUCGGCAGAGGGCCCUGGCAGACGGACAUUCACGAGCUCAGCAGCGCCGACUGUUUUGAUUCCACCGAAUAGCGAGAGGAGAAGAGAAGAAGAAGAUGGCGAACGAAUCCCCAGCGAAGAGCCUGGUGGAGAUAGACCUAGCCUCCCUGCGGGAACCUGCGGGGAUAUUCGAGCUCGUUGAAGUGGUGGGAAAUGGCACCUACGGACAGGUCUACAAGGGUCGUCAUGUCAAAACUGGACAGCUGGCGGCCAUUAAGGUCAUGGACGUCACAGAGGAUGAGGAGGAGGAGAUUAAGCUGGAGAUCAACAUGCUGAAGAAGUAUUCUCACCACCGCAACAUCGCCACCUACUACGGAGCCUUCAUCAAGAAGAGCCCCCCGGGACACGACGACCAGCUAUGGCUGGUGAUGGAGUUCUGUGGCGCGGGCUCCAUAACGGACCUGGUGAAGAACACCAAAGGAAACACACUGAAGGAGGACUGGAUAGCCUACAUCUCACGAGAGAUACUCAGGGGAUUGGCUCAUCUCCACGCUCAUCACGUCAUCCACAGAGACAUCAAAGGACAGAACGUCCUGCUCACCGAGAACGCAGAGGUCAAACUGGUGGAUUUCGGCGUGAGUGCUCAGCUGGACCGUACGGUGGGUCGUCGUAACACCUUCAUCGGGACGCCCUAUUGGAUGGCACCCGAGGUCAUCGCCUGCGACGAGAACCCAGACGCCACCUACGACUACAGGAGUGACUUGUGGUCGUGCGGCAUCACCGCGAUCGAGAUGGCAGAAGGAGCUCCACCCCUGUGUGACAUGCAUCCAAUGAGAGCUCUCUUCCUCAUCCCACGGAACCCUCCUCCUCGCCUCAAGUCCAAGAAAUGGUCUAAAAAGUUCUUCAACUUCAUCGAGAGUUCCCUGGUGAAGAACUAUACCCAGCGCCCCCCCACGGAGCAGCUCCUGAAGCAUCCCUUCAUCCGGGACCAGCCCAACGAGCGGCAGGUUCGAAUCCAGCUGAAGGACCACAUCGACCGCACCAAGAAGAAGAGGGGAGAGAAGGAUGAGACGGAGUAUGAGUACAGUGGGAGUGAAGAGGAGGAAGAGGAGACUCAGGAACAGGAAGGAGAACCCAGCUCCAUAGUGAAUGUUCCUGGUGAGUCUACUCUGCGUCGGGACUUCAUCCGCCUGCAGCAGGAGAACAAGGAGCGCUCGGAGGCGCUGAGGAGACAGCAGCUCCUGCAGGAGCAGCAGCUGAGGGAGCAGGAGGAGUACAAGCGCCAACUACUGGCCGAGCGACAGAAGCGCAUCGAGCAGCAGAAGGAGCAGAGGAGGAGGCUGGAGGAGCAACAGCGUCGCGAGCGGGAGCUGCGUCGCCAGCAGGAGCGCGAGCAGAGGAGACGCGAACAGGAGGAGAAGAGGAGAGCAGAAGACAUCGAGAAGAGGAGGAGAGAGGAGGACGACAGGCGCCGACAGGAGGAGGAGAAGAGGAGAGCCGACCGAGAACAGGAGUACAUCCGUCGGCAGCUGGAGGAGGAGCAGAGACAUCUGGAGAUCCUGCAGCAACAACUUCUACACGAACAGGCUCUGCUACACGACACUAGGUGGCGUGGUCUGGAGGAGCAGCGUCAGGCUGAGCGGCGCCAGAGGCAGCUCAAGCAGGAGCAGGAGCAGGCGGCCUACCGCCUCACCCAGCAGCAACAGCUGCCCCCAUUGGACAAGAGCAAGGCAGCGCCACAGCAUCCUCAACAGCCAUUGGACAACAACAGGAUACCCUCUCAGCAUCCUCAACUCCCAUUGGAGAGGGGCAGACAUGAGUCACAGCCCUCAGAGCCAAUCAGAAGUGGUUUUCCCUUGGACCGGAGGAAACCUGUCCCACCCCCACGCAGCGCCACACCCCCAGACAAGAGUAAACAACAACAACAACAACAACAACAGUCCGUCCCCUCACCUCCCUCAGCCAACCAGAACCCCCGUACAGACCAGCCUCCUCCUCCUCCACAUCCACCAACCACAAUGCUGCUGCUGGACCCUGCAGGCCUCAGGGAGCCAAUGGGAGAGGGUGAUGAUCGCUAUAAGAGGGGUCCUCAGGGCUCACCCCAGGCUGCGGGGGCUAAAGGGGCCCCCCCUCCCCCUCCCCCUCGAGCGGACGCCAACGCCAACGGGAGCCGUGACAACGCAGAGCAGCCCACACACCGCGCCGGGGAGACGCAGGUGACAGACUACUCUUCCUCCAGUGACGACUCCGGAACGACUGAUGAUGACGAUGACGAAGAGGUGGACCAGGAGGGAGGAGAGGAAUCGACCUCAGGACCAGACUCCUCUCGUCUGAGUAAUGGGGGCAGUGAGUCGGUGAAGACUCUGGUCGUCCACGAUGAAGAUUCGGCACAUCGCACACCCAGCAAGGACAGCAGCACGCUUGCCCUACGCCCGAGUUCAGGUGAUGCUCGGAAGCGUCUGGUGUUGCCUAUAGGCCACACCCCUCAUCUGAUGUCACCAGUUGACCACGCCCAUAACAAUCUGGUCCACCUACCAGACCUGCUGCUGCAGAGUGGCCACUCCCCUAACUCCACCCACUACCCCCCAAACCCCUCCCCUUACGCCCGCACACACACACACCGGCACUAUCCCCUGCGGCAGUCCCAGGCUGCCACCACCCAGAAGCAUAAGUCCUCGUCCUCCUUCACGCCCUUCAUUGACCCCCGACUACUGCAGGUGUCGCCCUCUACUGGCAGCCAACUGAACAACGCAGGCUAUGUGGGUAAUGACGCUGCUCGCUUGGCGGAGGCGUUGCGUGCGGACGCGUCCCGUAAAGGUUCCGUGGUCAACGUUAACCCCGUCAACACCAGGCCCAUCAGCGACACGCCGGAGAUCCGCAAAUACAAGAAGAGAUUCAACUCUGAGAUACUCUGUGCUGCCCUGUGGGGUGUGAACUUGUUGGUGGGUACUGAGAGUGGCUUGAUGCUAUUGGACCGCAGUGGGCAGGGGAAGGUGUACCCGCUCAUCAACCGACGACGCUUCCAACAGAUGGACGUUCUAGAGGGACUCAAUGUGCUGGUGACUAUAUCAGGUAAGAAGAAUAAGCUGCGUGUGUACUACCUCUCCUGGCUGCGUAAUAAGAUCCUCCAUAACGACCCCGAGGUGGAGAAGAAACAAGGAUGGACCACCGUGGGAGACCUGGAGGGAGCCGUGCACUAUAAAGUCGUGAAGUACGAGCGCAUCAAGUUCCUGGUGUUGGCCCUGAAGAACUCAGUGGAGGUCUACGCCUGGGCACCCAAACCUUACCACAAAUUCAUGGCAUUCAAGUCCUUUGGUGACCUGGUCCACAAGCCGCUGCUGGUGGACCUGACGGUGGAGGAGGGUCAAAGGUUAAAGGUCAUCUACGGAUCCUGCAACGGAUUCCACGCCGUCGACGUCGACUCAGGAGCCGUUUACGACAUCUACCUGCCCACACACAUCCAGACGAGUAUCCAGUCCCAUGCGAUCAUCAUCUUGCCCAACACGGACGGCAUCGAGCUGCUGGUCUGCUACGAGGACGAGGGCGUUUACGUCAACACAUACGGACGCAUCACCAAGGACGUUGUGCUGCAGUGGGGAGAAAUGCCUACGUCUGUGGCGUAUAUCCGUUCUAACCAGAUCAUGGGCUGGGGUGAGAAGGCCAUCGAGAUCCGCUCCGUGGAGACGGGACACUUGGACGGGGUGUUCAUGCACAAGAGGGCACAGAGACUCAAGUUCCUCUGCGAACGCAACGACAAGGUGUUCUUCGCCAGUGUUCGCUCGGGUGGUUCCAGUCAGGUGUACUUCAUGACACUCGGUCGCACCUCCCUGCUCAGCUGGUAGAUAAGCCCCGCCUACUUCCUGGUAGACCCCACCUACUACUCCCCAAGACACGCCCCUCGCGUGCCCAGAUCGCCAUGGAAACCAAGUCAAGUCACACCCACUUCUUCACCACACCCACCACCCAGCACGGAGCCGCUGACCUGACGCCCUCUGAUGACGUCACUGGUCGCACAGUGAUGACCUCACAGAGGGGACUGUACAGAAAUAUGACAUGGGGGGCGGUGGGGGAGGGGCUAAAGGGGUUUAAAGUUUAAAAGUCUUGAUGCUCGUCUGUUGUUCUUGUCUCCUAUUGGACCACGCGCCGCGACGGCACCACGGGAUUGGUGGAGCCGCCUGUCACUCAUCUUCUGAAGGGUUGUCAUGGAAACGAGAUGUGGCGUGAGGGAAACAUUUAAAGGCAUGUCUGUGAACGCUAACGUUUAACCAUUAGCAACGGAAUAGAGUCUCUCUAUGUGCGCGGGAGUGUGUGUGUGUGUGUGUGUGUGUCAGAGAGUGUUUGCUGGGCUAGAUCCAUGUGUGUGUGAGUGUACAGUAUGUGUGUAGUAUGUGUAUAAGUAUUUUGGGCAGUUAUUCUUAUUGUUCAACUGACUUUGAUGGGAAACUGAGAGUGUGUGUGUGUGAGAGAGAGAGAGUCAGUUGUUGUAUGUAUACCUGUGGCUUUAGCUUGUAAACAUGUUUGAUCUCUGACCUUUAGUCCCGCCCCCUCAGCCCUUACCCAAUCGCACUGCGUUAUUUAAGUGAUGGACAGUGCAUCUGACCAACCACGCUGCGUUAUUUAAGUGAUUGGCGGACCAACUGGCUUAUCACACUGUGUUCUUUACGUGAUGGGCGGGGCAUCUGACCUUAUGUAUCUCUUCCGUAGCCAAUGAGCCCGCCCCUUUCCCUCCUUUUCAGGUCAUGUGAUCAUGUCUGUUAAAUCGGGACGUCCAAUUACAACACAGAGAGGACUUUCUUUGCCUGUGUCCUCACACACGCACACACACACACACACACACACACACACACACACACACACACACACACACACACACACACACACACACACACACACACAAACACACACACACACAUAUUGAAGACACGCACACACUUGCUCAUUACAAACACAUGUAUGUGUACAAAUUAAGCACACACACACACACCUAUU